AUGUGGGAUUUGAAUANCAAAAAGAUGGCUUUAUCUAACCAGCAAAAUGUCGAGUGUCCAACCUUCAAGCUUCUCAUUGUUGGUGAUGCGGGAACCGGGAAAACCACCUUGGUCAAGAGACAUCUGACUGGGGAAUUUGAUCAGAACUAUGAACCUACUGUCGGUGUGGAGGUUCAGCCUUUAGAUUUCUUCACUAACCGUGGCAAGAUCCGUUUUGAAUGCUGGGAUACUGCUGGACAAGAGAAAUAUCGUGGUCUUAAGGAUGCACACUACGUCGAAGGUCAAUGUGCGAUAAUCAUGUUUGAUGUCAGAUCACGGAUCACAUACUAUAACGUUGACACAUGGUACAGUGAUCUCCGAAGACUUGCUGGAGAUGCAAAACUUUGCUUUGUGGAGUCACCAGCACUUGCUCCACCAGAACCGCACAUUGACUUUGACAUUGAUGCUCAGAACAUGAUUGAAGCUGAGCUCGUAAAAGCGGCAAGUCAGCCAGUCCCUGAUGAUGAUGAGGCUCUGCCCUUUGAAUAUAAAAGUCUUCUCGAUUAAUUG